ACUGGACAUAUUUCAUAUUUCAGUUUGGGAAGCAGCAUAUAGAAAACCUCUUCAGUGACCUGCAGGAUGGGAGACGCCUCCUAGAUCUUCUUGAAGGCCUGACAGGGCAAAAACUGCCAAAAGAAAAAGGAUCUACAAGAGUUCACGCCCUGAACAAUGUCAACAAGGCGCUGAGGUUCUUGCAGAAAAAUAAUGUUGAUUUAGUGAAUAUCGGAAGCACUGACAUAGUAGAUGGAAAUCACAAAUUGACUCUUGGUUUGAUUUGGAACAUAAUCCUCCACUGGCAGGUCAAAAAUGUAAUGAAAAAUAUCAUGGCUGGAUUGCAACAAACCAACAGUGAAAAGAUUCUCCUGAGCUGGGUCCGACAAUCAACUCGUAAUUAUCCACAGGUUAAUGUCAUUAACUUCACCACCAGCUGGGCUGAUGGCCUGGCUUUGAAUGCGCUCAUCCACAGUCACAGGCCAGACCUGUUCGAUUGGAAUAGUGUGGUUUGCCAGCAGUCAGCCACACAAAGACUAGAACAUGCAUUCAACAUUGCCAAAUAUCAAUUAGGCAUAGAGAAACUACUGGAUCCUGAAGAUGUUGCCACCACUUAUCCAGAUAAGAAGUCCAUCUUAAUGUACAUCACGUCCCUCUUUCAAGUUUUGCCUCAACAAGUGAGCAUUGAAGCCAUCCAGGAAGUGGAAAUGUUGCCACGGCCAUCUAGCGUUACUAGAGAAGAACAUUUUCAAUUACAUCAUCAAAUGCACUAUUCUCAACAGAUUACGGUCAGUCUAGCACAGGGCUAUGAACGAACUCCUUCCUCACCUAAGCCUCGGUUCAAGAGCUAUGCCUACACACAGGCCGCUUAUGUCACCACCUCUGACCCCACACGGAGCCCAUUUCCUUCACAGCAUUUGGAAGCUCCUAAAGACAAGUCAUUUGGCAGUUCAUUCAUGGAGACUGAAGUAAACCUGGAUAGUUACCAAACCGCUCUAGAAGAAGUACUUUCAUGGCUUCUUUCAGCUGAGGACACAUUGCAAGCACAGGGAGAGAUUUCUAAUAAUGUAGAAGAAGUGAAAGAACAAUUUCAUACUCAUGAGGGAUACAUGAUGGAUUUGACGUCCAAUCAAGGAAGGGUUGGUAAUGUCCUACAAUUGGGAAGUCAACUGAUUGGAUCAGGGAAAUUAUCAGAAGAUGAAGAAACUGAAGUACAAGAACAAAUGAAUCUUCUAAAUUCAAGAUGGGAAUGCCUCAGGGUAGCUAGCAUGGAAAAGCAGAGCAAUUUACAUAAAGUUUUAAUGGAUCUCCAGAAUCAGCAACUGAAAGAGUUAAAUGAGUGGCUAACAAAAACAGAAGAGAGAACAAGGAAAAUGGAGAAAGAACCUCUUGGACCUGAUCUUGAGGACCUAAAACACCAAGUACAACAACAUAAGGUGCUUCAAGAAGACCUAGAACAAGAACAAGUCAAGGUCAAUUCUCUCACUCACAUGGUAGUGGUAGUCGAUGAAUCUACUGGAGAGCAUGCAACCGCGGCUUUGGAAGAGCAACUUAAGGUACUGGGAGAUCGAUGGGCAAACAUCUGUAGGUGGACAGAAGAUCGCUGGGUUCUUUUACAAGACAUCCUUCUAAAGUGGCAACGUUUUACUGAAGAACAGUGCCUUUUUAGUACAUGGCUUUCAGAAAAAGAAGAUGCAGUGAGCAAGAUUCACACGAGUGGCUUUAAAGAUCAAAGUGAAAUGUUAACAAGUCUUCAAAAACUGGCUGCUUUAAAAACAGAUCUAGAAAAGAAAAAGCAAACCAUGGACAAACUCUGCUCACUUAACCAAGAUCUUCUUUCAACACUCAAAAAUACAACAGUAACCCAAAAGAUGGAAACAUGGCUGGACAACUUUGCCCAGCGCUGGGAUAAUUUAGUCCAAAAACUUGAAAAGAGUUCAGCACAGAUUUCACAGGCUGUCACCACCACUCAGCCAUCACUAACACAGACAACUGUAAUGGAAACAGUAACCAUGGUGACUACGAGGGAACAAAUCCUGGUAAAGCAUGGCCAAGAGGAAUUUCCACCACCACCUCCCCAAAAGAAGAGGCAGAUUAUUGUGGAUUCCGAAAUUAGGAAAAGGCUGGAUGUCGACAUAACUGAACUUCACAGUUGGAUUACUCGUUCAGAAGCUCUAUUACAGAGUCCUGAAUUUGCAGUUUAUCGGAAGGAAGGCAACUUCUCAGACCUUAAAGAAAAAGUCAAUGCCAUAGAGCGAGAAAAAGCCGAGAAGUACAGAAAACUACAAGAUGCCAGCAGAUCAGCUCAGGCCCUGGUGGAACAGAUGGUGAAUGAGGGUGUUAAUGCUGACAGCAUCAAACAAGCCUCAGAACAACUGAACAGCCGGUGGAUCGAGUUCUGCCAGUUGCUAAGUGAGAGACUUAACUGGCUGGAGUAUCAGAACAACAUCAUCACUUUCUAUAAUCAGCUACAACAAUUGGAGCAGAUGACAACCACUGCUGAAAACUGGUUGAAAACCCAACCCACCACCACUUCAGAGCCAGCAGCGAUUAAAAGCCAGUUAAAAAUUUGUAAGGAUGAAGUCAACCGGCUGUCAGCUCUUCAGCCACAAAUUGAGCGAUUAAAAAUUCAAAGCAUAGCCCUGCAAGAGAAAGGACAAGGGCCAGUGUUCCUGGAUGCAGACUUUGUGGCCUUUACAAAUCAUUUUAACCAAGUCUUUGCUGAUGUGCAGGCUAGAGAAAAAGAGCUACAGACAAUUUUUGACACUUUGCCACCCAUGCGCUAUCAGGAGACCAUGAGCACCAUCAUGACAUGGAUCCAGCAGUCAGAAACCAAACUCUCUAUACCUCAGGUUAUGGUCACUGAAUAUGAAAUCAUGGAACAGAGACUCGGGGAGUUACAGGCUUUACAAAGUUCUCUGCAAGAGCAACAAAGUGGCCUAAACUAUCUCAGCACCACUGUGAAAGACAUGUCAAAGAACGCGCCCUCUGAUAUUAGCCGAAAAUAUCAAUCAGAAUUUGAAGAGAUUGAGGGCCGCUGGAAGAAGCUCUCCUCUCAGUUGGUUGAAUAUUACCAAAAGCUAGAGGAUCAAAUGUCUAAACUCCGAAAAAUUCAGAAUCAUAUAAAAACCCUGAAGAAAUGGAUGGCUGAAGUCGAUGUUUUCCUGAAAGAGGAAUGGCCUGCUCUUGGGGAUUUAGAAAUUCUUAAAAAACAGCUGAAACAGUGCAGGCUUUUAGUCAAUGAUAUUCAGACAAUUCAGCCCAGUCUAAACAGUGUCAAUGAAGGUGGACAGAAGAUAAAGAAUGAAGCAGAGCCAGAGUUUGCUUCCAGACUUGAGACUGAACUCAGAGAACUGAACACUCAGUGGGAUCACAUGUGCCGACAGGUCUAUGCCAGAAAGGAAGCCUUAAAGGGAGCCUUGGAUAAAACUGUUAGCCUUCAGAAAGACCUGUCAGAGAUGCAUGAAUGGAUGACGCAAGCCGAAGAAGAAUACCUAGAGAGAGAUUUUGAGUAUAAAACCCCAGAUGAAUUACAGACAGCAGUUGAAGAGAUGAAGAGAGCUAAAGAAGAGGCCCAGCAGAAAGAAACCAAAGUGAAACUUCUCACCGAGUCUGUGAAUAGUGUUAUAGCUCAAGCUCCACCUGCAGCACAAGAGGCCUUAAAAAAGGAACUUGACACUCUCACCACCAACUACCAGUGGCUCUGCACCAGACUGAAUGGGAAAUGCAAGACUUUGGAAGAAGUUUGGGCGUGUUGGCAUGAGUUACUGUCCUACUUGGAAAAGGCAAACAAGUGGCUGAAUGAAGUAGAAGCUAAACUUAAAACCACUGAAAAUAUUCCUGGUGGAACUGAGGAAAUCUCCGAGGUGCUAGAUUCACUUGAAAAUUUGAUGCAACAUUCAGAGGAUAACCCGAAUCAGAUUCGCAUAUUGGCACAGACCCUAACAGAUGGCGGAGUCAUGGAUGAACUGAUCAAUGAGGAACUUGAGACGUUUAAUUCUCGUUGGAGAGAACUACAUGAAGAGGCCGUGAGGAGGCAAAAGUUGCUUGAACAGAGUAUCCAGUCUGCCCAGGAGAUCGAAAACUCCUUACACUUAAUUCAGGAGUCCCUUUCAUCCAUUGACAAGCAGUUGGCAGCUUAUAUUGCUGACAAAGUGGACGCAGCUCAAAUGCCUCAGGAAGCCCAGAAAAUUCAAUCGGAUUUGACAAGUCAUGAGAUCAGUUUAGAAGAAAUGAAGAAACACAACCAGGGAAAGGAGGCUGCCCAAAGGGUGUUAUCCCAAAUUGAUGUGGCACAGAAAAGAUUGCAAGAUGUUUCCAUGAAGUUUCGAUUAUUCCAGAAACCAGCCAAUUUUGAGCAGCGUCUACAGGAAAGUAAAAUGAUCUUAGAUGAAGUGAAGAUGCAUUUGCCUGCUUUGGAAACGAAGAGCGUUGAACAGGAAGUAGUACAGUCACAGUUAAAUCACUGUGUGAACUUGUAUAAAAGUCUGAGUGAAGUGAAGUCUGAAGUGGAGAUGGUGAUCAAAACUGGACGUCAGAUUGUGCAGAAGAAACAGACGGAAAACCCUAAAGAGCUUGACGAAAGAAUAACAGCUUUGAAAUUGCAUUAUAAUGAGCUGGGAGCAAAGGUAACAGAAAGAAAGCAACAGUUGGAGAAAUGCUUGAAAUUGUCCCGGAAGAUGCGAAAGGAAAUGAAUGCCUUGACAGAAUGGCUGGCAGCUACAGAUAUGGAGUUGACAAAGAGAUCAGUAGUUGAAGGAAUGCCUAGUAAUUUGGAUUCUGAAGUUGCCUGGGGAAAGGCUACUCAGAAAGAGAUUGAGAAACAGAAGAUUCACCUAAAGAGUGUCACAGAGCUAGGAGAAGCCUUGAAAACAGUUUUGGGCAAGAAGGAAACCUUGGUGGAAGAUAAACUGAGUCUUUUGAAUAGUAACUGGAUAGCUGUCACUUCCCGAGCAGAAGAAUGGUUAAACCUUUUGUUGGAAUACCAGAAACACAUGGAAACCUUUGACCAGAAUGUGGAUCACAUCACAAACUGGAUCAUUCAUGCUGAUUCACUUUUGGAUGAAUCUGAGAAAAAGAAACCCCAGCAAAAAGAAGACGUGCUUAAGCGUUUAAAGGCUGAAAUGAAUGACAUGCGCCCAAAGGUGGACUCCACGCGUGACCAAGCAGCAAACUUGAUGGCCAACCGCGGCAACCACUGCAGGAAAGUAGUAGAGCCCAAAAUCUCAGAGCUCAACCAUCGGUUUGCAGCCAUUUCUCACAGAAUUAAGACUGGAAAGGCCUCCAUUCCUUUGAAGGAAUUGGAGCAGUUUAACUCAGAUAUACAAAAAUUGCUUGAACCACUGGAGGCUGAAAUUCAGCAGGGGGUGAAUCUGAAAGAGGAAGACUUCAAUAAAGAUAUGAGUGAAGACAAUGAGGGUACUGUAAAAGAAUUGUUGCAAAGAGGAGACAACUUACAACAAAGAAUCACAGAUGAGAGAAAGCGAGAGGAAAUAAAGAUAAAACAGCAGCUGUUACAGACAAAACAUAAUGCUCUCAAGGAUUUGAGGUCUCAAAGAAGAAAAAAGGCUCUAGAAAUUUCUCAUCAGUGGUAUCAAUACAAGAGGCAGGCUGAUGAUCUCCUGAAAUGCUUGGAUGACAUUGAAAAAAAAUUAGCCAGCCUACCUGAACCCAGAGAUGAAAGAAAAUUAAAGGAAAUUGAUCGUGAAUUGCAGAAGAAGAAAGAGGAGCUGAAUGCAGUGCGUAGGCAAGCUGAGGGCUUGUCUGAGGAUGGGGCCGCAAUGGCAGUGGAGCCAACUCAGAUCCAGCUCAGCAAUCGCUGGCGGGAAAUUGAGAGCAAAUUUGCUCAGUUUCGAAGACUCAACUUUGCACAAAUUCACACUGUCCAUGAAGAAUCAGUGAUGGUGAUGACCGAAGACAUGCCUUUGGAAAUUUCUUAUGUGCCUUCUACUUAUCUGACUGAGAUCACUCAUGUCUCACAAGCUCUAUCAGAAGUGGAACAACUUCUUAAUGCUCCUGACCUCUGUGCUAAAGAUUUUGAAGAUCUCUUUAAACAAGAGGAAUCUCUGAAGAAUUUGAGAGAGAUCAACAAAAUGUACAAGGACCGCCAAGGGCGAUUUGACAGAUCUGUUGAAAAAUGGCGGCGGUUUCAUUAUGAUAUGAAGAUAUUUAAUCAAUGGCUAACAGAAGCUGAACAGUUUCUCAAAAAGACACAAAUUCCUGAGAAUUGGGAACAUGCCAAAUACAAGUGGUAUCUUAAGGAGCUCCAGGAUGGCGCUGGGCAGCGGCAAAUUGUUGUCAGAGUAUUGAAUGCAACUGGGGAAGAGAUAAUUCAACAAUCCUCAAAAACAGAUGCCAGUAUUCUACAAGAAAAAUUGGGAAGCCUGAAUCUGCGGUGGCAGGAGGUCUGCAAACAGCUGGCAGAAAGAAAAAAGAGGCUAGAAGAACAAAAGAAUAUCUUGUCAGAAUUUCAAAGAGAUUUAAAUGAAUUUGUUUUAUGGUUGGAAGAAGUGGAUAACAUUACCAGUAUUCCACUUGAACCUGGAAAUGAGCAGCAGCUAAAAGAAAAACUUGAACAAGUCAAGUUACUGGCAGAAGAGCUGCCCCUGCGCCAGGGAAUUCUAAAACAAUUAAAUGAAACUGGAGGAACAGUGCUUGUAAGUGCUCCCCUAAGCCCAGAAGAGCAAGAUAAACUUGAAAAUAAGCUCAAGCAGACAAAUCUUCAGUGGAUAAAGGUUUCUAGAUAUUUACCUGAGAAACAAAGAGAAAUUGAGGCUCACGUAAAAGACCUUGGACAGCUUGAAGAUCAAUUAAAUCAUCUGCUUCUGUGGCUGUCUCCUAUUAGGAAUCAGUUGGAAGUUUACAAUCAACCAAAUCAAACAGGACCAUUUGAUAUUAAGGAAACUGAAGUAGCAGUUCAAGCUAAACAGCCGGAUGUUGAAGAGAUUUUGUCUAAAGGGCAGCGUUUGUACAAGGAAAAACCAGCCACUCAUCCAGUGAAGAGGAAGUUAGAAGAUCUGAGCUCUGAGUGGAAGGCGGUAACCCAUUUACUUCAAGAGCUGAGGGCAAAACAGCCUGGCCCAGCUCCUGGACUGACCACUUUCGGAGCCUCUCCUAGUCAGACUGUUACUCUGGUGACACAACCUGUGGUUACCAAGGAAACUGCAAUCUCCAAACUAGAAAUGCCAUCUUCCUUGCUGUUGGAGGUACCUGCUCUAGCAGAUUUCAACCGAGCUUGGACAGAACUUACCGACUGGCUGUCUCUGCUUGAUCGAGUUAUAAAAUCACAGAGGGUGAUGGUGGGUGAUCUUGAAGACAUCAACGAGAUGAUCAUAAAGCAAAAGGCCACACUGCAAGAUUUGGAACAGAGACGCCCCCAGUUGGAAGAACUCAUUACUGCCGCCCAAAAUUUGAAAAAUAAGACCAGCAAUCAAGAAGCUAGAACAGUCAUCACUGAUCGAAUUGAAAGAAUUCAGAAUCAAUGGGAUGAAGUACAGGAACACCUUCAGAACCGGAGGCAACAGUUAAACGAAAUGUUAAAGGAUUCAACCCAGUGGCUGGAAGCUAAGGAAGAAGCUGAGCAGGUCUUGGGACAGGCCAGAGCCAAGCUUGAGUCAUGGAAGGAGGGUCCCUACACAAUGGAUGCAAUCCAAAAGAAAAUCACAGAAACUAAGCAGUUGGCCAAAGACCUCCGCCAGUGGCAGAUAAAUGUAGAUGUGGCAAAUGACUUGGCAAUGAAACUUCUCCGGGAUUAUUCUGCAGAUGAUACCAGGAAAGUACACAUGAUAACGGAGAACAUCAAUGCCUCUUGGGCAAGCAUUCACAAAAGAGUGAAUGAGCGAGAGGCUGCUUUGGAAGAAACUCAUAGAUUACUGCAACAGUUCCCCCAGGACCUGGAGAAGUUUCUUGCCUGGCUUACAGAAGCCGAAACCACUGCCAACGUCCUACAGGAUGCCACCCAUAAAGAAAGGCUCCUAGAAGACUCCAAGGGAGUAAGAGAGCUGAUGAAACAAUGGCAAGACCUCCAAGGAGAAAUCGAAGCUCACACGGAUAUCUAUCACACCCUGGAUGAAAAUGGCCAAAAAAUCCUGAGAUCUCUGGAAGGUUCUGAUGAUGCAGUCCUGUUACAAAGACGUUUAGAUAACAUGAACUUCAAGUGGAGUGAGCUGCGGAAAAAGUCUCUCAACAUUAGAUCCCAUUUGGAAGCCAGUUCUGACCAGUGGAAGCGUCUGCACCUUUCUCUACAAGAACUUCUGGUGUGGCUCCAGCUGAAAGAUGAUGAGUUAAGCCGGCAGGCACCUAUUGGAGGCGAUUUUCCAACAGUUCAGAAGCAGAAUGAUGUACACAGGGCCUUUAAGAGGGAAUUGAAAACGAAGGAACCUGUAAUCAUGAGUACUCUUGAGACUGUGCGAAUAUUUCUGACAGAACAGCCUUUGGAAGGACUAGAGAAACUCUACCAGGAGCCCAGAGAGCUACCGCCUGAGGAGAGAGCCCAGAAUGUCACACGGCUUCUACAAAAGCAGGCUGAGGAGGUCGACACUGAGUGGGAAAAAUUAAACCUGCACUCCACUGACUGGCAGAGAAAACUAGAUGAGGCCCUUGAAAGACUCCAGGAACUUCAGGAGGCCACGGAUGAGCUGGACCUCAAACUACGUCAAGCUGAGGUGAUCAAGGGAUCCUGGCAGCCCGUGGGCGAUCUCCUCAUUGACUCUCUCCAAGAUCACCUCGAGAAAGUCAAGGCACUUAGAGGAGAAAUUGCACCUCUUAAAGAGAAUGUAAGCCACGUCAACGACCUUGCUCGCCAGCUCACCACACUGGGCAUUCAGCUGUCACCAUAUAACCUCAACACUCAGGAAGACCUGAACACCAGAUGGAAGCUUCUGCAGGUUGCCGUUGAGGACCGCAUCAGGCAGCUGCACGAAGCUCACAGAGACUUUGGCCCGACGUCCCAGCACUUUCUUUCCACUUCUGUCCAGGGUCCCUGGGAGAGAGCCAUUUCGCCAAACAAAGUGCCCUACUAUAUCAACCACGAGACCCAAACAACUUGCUGGGACCAUCCUAAAAUGACAGAGCUCUACCAGUCUUUAGCUGACCUGAAUAAUGUCAGGUUCUCAGCUUAUAGGACCGCCAUGAAACUCCGAAGACUGCAGAAGGCCCUUUGCUUGGAUCUCUUGAGCCUGUCAGCUGCAUGUGAUGCCUUGGAGCAGCACAACCUCAAGCAAAAUGACCAGCCCAUGGACAUCUUGCAGAUCAUUAAUUGUUUGACCACUAUUUAUGAUCGCCUGGAGCAAGAGCACAACAAUUUGGUCAACGUCCCUCUCUGCGUGGAUAUGUGUCUCAACUGGCUGCUGAAUGUUUAUGACACGGGACGAACAGGGAGGAUCCGGGUCCUGUCUUUUAAAACUGGCAUCAUUUCUCUGUGUAAAGCACAUUUGGAAGACAAGUACAGAUACCUUUUCAAGCAAGUAGCAAGUUCAACGGGAUUUUGUGACCAGCGCAGGCUGGGCCUCCUUCUGCAUGAUUCUAUCCAAAUCCCAAGACAGUUGGGUGAAGUUGCAUCCUUUGGGGGCAGUAACAUUGAGCCGAGUGUCAGGAGCUGCUUCCAAUUUGCUAACAAUAAGCCUGAGAUUGAAGCGGCUCUCUUCCUAGACUGGAUGAGACUGGAACCCCAGUCCAUGGUGUGGCUGCCUGUCCUGCACAGAGUGGCUGCUGCGGAAACUGCCAAGCAUCAGGCCAAGUGUAACAUCUGCAAGGAGUGUCCAAUCAUCGGAUUCAGGUACAGGAGUCUAAAACACUUUAAUUAUGACAUCUGCCAAAGUUGCUUUUUUUCUGGUCGAGUUGCAAAAGGCCAUAAAAUGCACUAUCCCAUGGUGGAAUACUGCACUCCGACUACAUCAGGAGAAGAUGUUCGUGACUUUGCCAAGGUACUAAAAAACAAAUUUCGAACCAAAAGGUAUUUUGCGAAGCAUCCCCGAAUGGGCUACCUGCCAGUGCAGACUGUCUUAGAGGGGGACAACAUGGAAACUCCUGUUACUCUGAUCAACUUCUGGCCAGUAGAUUCUGCGCCUGCCUCGUCCCCUCAGCUUUCACACGAUGAUACUCAUUCACGCAUUGAACAUUAUGCUAGCAGGCUAGCAGAAAUGGAAAACAGCAAUGGAUCUUAUCUAAAUGAUAGCAUCUCUCCUAAUGAGAGCAUAGAUGAUGAACAUUUGUUAAUCCAGCAUUACUGCCAAAGUUUGAACCAGGACUCCCCCUUGAGCCAGCCUCGUAGUCCUGCCCAGAUCUUGAUUUCCUUAGAGAGUGAGGAAAGAGGGGAACUAGAGAGAAUCCUAGCAGAUCUUGAGGAAGAAAACAGAAAUCUGCAAGCAGAGUAUGAUCGUCUAAAGCAGCAGCAUGAACACAAAGGCCUGUCCCCACUGCCGUCCCCUCCUGAAAUGAUGCCCACCUCUCCCCAGAGUCCCCGGGAUGCUGAGCUCAUUGCUGAGGCCAAGCUGCUUCGUCAACACAAAGGCCGCCUGGAAGCCAGGAUGCAAAUCCUGGAAGAUCACAAUAAACAGCUGGAGUCCCAGUUACAUAGGCUAAGGCAGCUGCUGGAGCAACCCCAGGCAGAGGCCAAGGUGAAUGGUACAACGGUCUCCUCUCCUUCUACCUCUCUUCAGAGGUCAGACAGCAGUCAGCCUAUGCUGCUCCGGGUGGUUGGCAGUCAAACUUCAGAAUCCAUGGGCGAGGAAGAUCUUCUCAGUCCUCCCCAGGACACAAGCACAGGGUUAGAGGAAGUGAUGGAGCAACUCAACAACUCCUUUCCCAGUUCGAGAGGAAGAAAUACCCCUGGGAAGCCAAUGAGAGAGGACACAAUGUAGGAAGCCUUUUCCACUUGGCAGAUGAUUUGGGCCGAGCGAUGGAGACCUUAGUAUCGGUCAUGACAGAUGAAGAAGGAGCAGAAUAAAUGUUUUACAACUCUUAAUUCCCGCAUGGUUUUUAUAAUAUUCAUACAACAAAGAGGAUUAGACAGUAAGAGUUUACAAGAAAAAAAAAAAUCUAUAUUUUUGUGAAGGGUAGUGGUACUAUACUGUAGAUUUCAGUAGUUUCUAAGUCUGUUAUUGUUUUGUUAACAAUGGCAGGUUUUACACGUCUAUGCAAUUGUACAAAAAAAGUUAUAAGAAAACUACAUGUAAAAUCUUGAUAGCUAAAUAACUUGCCAUUUCUUUAUAUGGAACGCAUUUUGGGUUGUUUAAAAAUUUAUAACAGUUAUAAAGAAAGAUUGUAAACUAAAGUGUGCUUUAUAAAAAAAAAAAAGUUGUUUAUAAAAACCCCUAAAAACAAACACAUACAUACACACACAGACACGCAAACACACACAAAGUUUGAGGCAGCGCAUUGUUUUGCAUCCUUUUAGUGUGAUAUCCAUUUGGAAUCCAUGGCUUUUCUUUUCUUGCAUAUUAAAGAUAGGACUUCCUCUAACACCA